UUAUGCCAAACUACGUCCAGUCAGCAGCCUGGUACAUUACUAGGGAGAGCGACCAGACCGAUGCUGGCUUUUGUUCUUUUGCGAACUGUCAGCUUUACCGUCUGCUUACUUAAUCUUCGGUGUGUUUUUUCCUCCUUUUCUGUACGUUAUUUUUCAUAAUCUAGUUGCUCCGUGAGUUUUAGUUUUAUAUAUCGCUCUCUCGAUCUCCAUUUCACUCUAAACAGUACCGUUUGCAGCACACUCCCUUUUAACUACUUGUUAGUGUCCGAUGAACUAGUGUCUUCCCGUCUUUUCCGUCCUGGUACUCCUUUUCUCUCCUUUUUUAAUGACAAGGCGUUAACUGGACCAAGAUAGGCGGCUCGGGCGCUAAGAUGUCGAAUCGAGCGGUGUGCAGAGAAGCGAGUCACGCCGGCAGCUGGUACACCGCCGCAGGGUCCCAGCUGAAUGCACAACUAGAAGGCUGGCUUUCUCAAGUGCAAUCCACGAUAAAGCCCGCCAGAGCAAUCAUUGCACCCCACGCUGGUUAUACCUAUUGUGGUUCUUGUGCAGCCUUUGCCUACAAACAGGUGGAUCCUUCUGUCACGCAGAGGGUGUUCAUCCUGGGACCCUCGCACCACGUCCCUCUGUCCCGAUGUGCACUUUCCCCCGCUGAGAUCUACAGGACGCCGCUGUACGACCUGAAGAUCGAUCAGAAAGUUUAUGCCGACCUCUGGAAAACGGGGAUGUUCGAAAGGAUGAGUCUGCAGACGGACGAGGACGAGCACAGCAUUGAGAUGCACCUGCCUUAUACCGCGAAAGCCAUGGAGAGCCAUAAAGACGAGUUUGCCAUCGUCCCCGUGCUCGUGGGCGCCCUUAGCGAGUCUAAAGAGCAGGAGUAUGGGAAGCUGCUCAGUAAAUACCUGGCCGACCCAUCCAACCUCUUCGUGAUCUCGUCGGAUUUCUGUCACUGGGGGCAGCGGUUCCGCUACACGUAUUACGACGAGUCCCAGGGUGAAAUCUACAGAUCCAUCGAGCACCUUGACAAAAUGGGCAUGAGCAUCAUAGAACAGCUGGACCCUAUAUCAUUUACUAACUACUUGAAGAAGUACCACAACACUAUAUGUGGGCGUCACCCUAUCGGAGUGCUGCUAAAUGCUGUGGCUGAGCUGAAGAAGACUGGUAUGGACAUGAAGUUCUCUUUCCUGAACUACGCCCAGUCCAGCCAGUGCAGGAACUGGCAGGACAGCUCCGUGAGCUACGCUGCAGGCGCCCUCAUAGUCUAUUGAGAAUCCGACACCCCCUCCCCCCCUUUCCUUGGGGAGAAGUAGCAGCUCUGGUCCCCAGUCCCCUAUCCAUGGCCUUUACCAACAUCCCACCACCCAACCGUUCAGAUUGAAGCCCUGGGGCAUCAUGAGUUUUAGCUGAGGAUGAUCGAUAGCCUUGACUUUGGGUUUUGCGUUUGACAUUCUGAAGGCAAUACGGAUGGUGGGGGGGGGAGGGGAGGUUAAUCAUGGAGUCUUUCAGCCUCCAUGCUGCCAAUGUUCUCUUGAAUAAGAAAAAAAAAUUAAAAAUACGUUUCCUUUAUAUUUGCACUCCUGUUCUCAGAACUGUGCAGUCAUAUUUUUUCGAGAGCAAAGCUCUUUUUAGGUUUUAGUGGAUGUUAACAGAACAGUUAAAAAGGCUUGAACAGACAAUACCGGACAGGAAAGUGAAACACCUUCACGAUACAGUAGAAGCCAAUGAAAAGUGGUAAAGGUAGCUAUCGCCAACGUUGUACAACAGACCCACUGUUGCAGUCGCUUUACUAAGGGCUACAAGCAACCAAGUCUGGUAUUCUGCUGUACGAUUGAUACCAAAUACAAAAACUCCUGUUUUUAGACAUGAAGUUCCUUUUUGUUAUGGGUGAUAUAUAUAUAUAUAUAUAUAUAUAUAUAUAUUUUUUGUUUCAUUACCUGUUAUGUAUUUCAUCCCCCAUUGAUAUGUUACAUUUUUAGGUCUAAUGUUUUGACCCUAUAGCAGUUAGUAGCAUAUUUUAGCACUUGCAUUAUUAUUAUUUUUCUAUUAAAAUGAGCCUAUAGUAGUUUUCAUCACCUGACUAUGAAAUUAGCUUUGGGUUGAGUGUACAAUGCAGAUGGCAGGCUUUGCUAAGGAGUUUUAAUAGUUUUAAGAGGUACCCUUUCACUUUGAAGCAACACUGACCUUAUCAUUGACACCGCGUAUAUCCUUGAGGUGCUAAGCUUAAAGUGAGCGAGGUGCCAUUGUUGUAGAUAUUUUGUUUCUAACCCAAUGGAUGUACCUUCUCCUCGAUUUGUCUGUUGAUGUUCAUGUGAAAAGCAAAACUCUCAUUAAUUGGAUACUGACUGGCGGAACAGUUGUGCCUUGAGUUAUUUGGAAAAAUUUCAGCCCUCUCUAAAUACUUCCAUGGUCAGAAAAUAUUUUCCCCUUAUAUAUGCCAUGCUUUGCCUCCCAGUCGCUCUUUCCCAUCUUACUCCUGACCUGCACUUGGCAGUAUGAUUUUUAGGCUCUCCGUUUUUUAGGACUCCUGUCAUUGUUCUUUCCUCAGUCUUGGCUCUGAUGAGAACAUGUGUCCGCUGUACCAGUUAAAAAGCUGGCCAGUUUUGUCUUUCACACAGUACCUGUUGCUGAAGGUUCAUGGGAGUUAUACUUGCACAAUGAAAAGUGAUUGGUUCAAUCUGAACCAUUUGGAUUGUAGAGGAGGUUUAUCUAAGAGGCUAGAGGAGACUGAACCAAGACGUCUGAUUGGUUCUCCCUGAUCCAGAUUGUAGGCAGAACCAACCAAUCACUUUUCAUUGUGUUCUCAGAAUAUUUUUGUGUAAGUUAAACUCCCACAAGUCUGCUGAAGAGCCCCUCGUUCUGUUUUCAUGUGUUUUUGCUUUCACCAUGUUUAAGUGCAGUGGAUAUGACGGUCGGCAGUUAAAAGUACAGGGCAUGUUUGUAUGUGAAACUGAAGGACUCCUCUUUGGGGUUUGUUUAUGAUCUCAGGUUUCAUUGACUGAGCACCCAGUAGGCUCUCCAGAGAGUAUCAUUAGGUCAUUACAAUCAAAAUGUUUAAGAGUAAAAUGCUGAAACGUG